GCGAGUGCAGUCGCGGCCGCGCCGCCGGGAGCCGAGCCUGCCGCCGGGAGCCGCCGCCGCCGCCCUGCGCCGCGUGACCCGCGACCCCUGACCCCGACCCCUCCGGCUCGGCCCGCGCGCCCCAGGCCCCGCGGCCCGGGCGGCGCGACGGGAGGAUGAGCGGCGGGCGGCGGAAGGAGGAGCCGUCGCCGCCGCAGCUGGCCAACGGGGCCCUCCGCGUGUCGGCGUGGAGCAAGGCGCUGCGCAGCGACGCGGCCUGGGAGGACAAGGAUGAAUUUUUAGAUGUCAUCUACUGGUUUCGGCAGAUCAUUGCUGUGGUCCUAGGUGUCAUUUGGGGAGUAUUGCCAUUACGAGGUUUCUUGGGAAUAGCAGGGUUCUGUCUGAUCAACGCGGGAGUCCUGUACCUCUACUUCAGCAACUACCUACAGAUAGAUGAGGAGGAGUACGGCGGCACGUGGGAACUCACGAAAGAAGGCUUUAUGACGUCUUUUGCCUUGUUCAUGGUCAUUUGGAUCAUCUUCUACACGGCCAUCCACUAUGACUGAAGGGGUGCCGCCCCCCCUGCUCCCCAUCCAUCCAAAGGACUCUCAGUUACAGCCCAGAAAUGCGAUUACAGGGGCACCCAGCCACGUGGAGCCUGGAAGACCCAUGUUUCCUAGCCCAGGAGCCAGUGUGCUGGACAUCAGUGUCUUCUGCACGGGUUGCGACCUGAACCUUUUA